AUGUGUCCGGAAGGGAGUCGAUCGAUUUGGAAAGGGAAUCCGAUCGACUCGUGCCUUGCUUGUCUUUAUACUUACUCUGUUUUCUCUAUGUUGACUUUCAGGAACAGAGGCGGUGACGCACACUCACGCCGGCGUGAGGACAUAUCACGAGGAAAGAGGCACGUCAAGUCCGAUGACGACUUUGAGGAGGAUGAGACGAUGGAGGAUGCUCCGUUUCCCGAGCCCACGCGAGACGACGUUCCGUUGACACGACGACGGACGCAGAGAUGA